UCAAUGUUUCAUAAAUUCAUAAUUAGAUUUUUGACAGAUUUUUUUAGACUAAUCAUGUAAACUUCAUGAGCCACAUCAUGAAGAACAAAACAAAAAUAGUGCAGGUGUCAAAUAUUGCACCACAGGCAACUAAAGAUCAGCUUUCUUCUCUAUUUUCAUUUGUUGGCAAGAUUGAUGACAUCCGACUCUUCCCUAUCAUUCGUGAUGUUGCCAUCCCUGUGCAGUCAAGAAUUUGCUUCAUCAAGUUCAGUGAGCGUGACAAUGUCGGAGUCGCGCAGCACCUCACCAACAUUGUCUUCAUUGACCGUGCCCUGCUGAUCAUCCCAUACGUGCCAGGGGACAUGCCAGAUGAACCUAAAGCAAUUGAACUCCUCAAUUUUACUGCUAGUUUCCCCAACCUCCUGAAGGAGGUGGCUUGGCCUUCACAUGUCAAGACUGAGAUUGAUGGGAUCAUCCUGAGAACAACAGACCCUGAGCUUACCCAGCAAGGGUUGCCCGAGUAUCCAAACUUGCCGGCCACCACCGAGAGCUUCAAAGUCAAUGAGAUCAGGAGGACGCUUGUGUUUGAUAAUUUACCUCCUGAGACUACAGCAGAACAGCUGGAGGACUUUGCCAGCAGUGCGGGUGAUGUGAAGUUUUUAAGACUUGGAGAUGUUGAUGCAACAACUGGGAAACUCAACGCCUUGGUCGAGUUCAGUAGCCAGCUCUCCAUACCUGCUGCCCUCAAGCUCCAUUCUCAGAUACUUAAUGGCAAUCGAAUUAACGUGAACCACUCGACGGUGGCGGUCGUGAAGCCCGUGACCAAAAGCAAUGAAGCGGCAGAGCGAGAGAUUGAGGAAGCCAUGCAGCGGGUGAAGCAGGCGCAGAGUUUGCUGAGCACUGUUGACCCCAUGGCCCUCAUGGACCCAAGUGCCCUUGAAACUAAGGCUUCCAAGUCCAGGUCAAGAUCUCAUUCCCGAAGCUCGCCAUCUCGACGCAAAAGCCGGUCGCGCUCACGCUCCAGGUCCCGCCGUCAUCGGUCCCGGUCCAAGUCGCGCUCCCACCGCAGCUCGCGCUCCAGGAAGCGGUCCCGCUCCAGGCGCCGCUCCCGCUCCAAGUCCCGCUCAAGGAGGAGGUCACGCUCCAGGUCUCAUAAGAAGUCUCGUUCUCGGUCGCCCCGAUCGAAGAGCUCUAGAAAAGACAAAGAUCGUGACAAGGAUAAGAAAAGAUCGAGCCGUGAUCGUGAUCGCAAAGACAGGGAUAAGGACAAAGAUCGGGACAAGGAUAAAGAUAAGGGCAAAGACAGAGACAAGGAUAAGGACAAAGACAAGGAUGGGAAUAAAGACGACAAAAAAGACCAGAGUAGCAGCAGCAGUAAAGGAUCCGAAAGUACGAAGCCUGAAGCCAGCGAAAAGCCUGGCGAGCAAGAGCAGCUGCCUAAAGAAGAGGAAGUAAUUGCUAUAGGAGAUGGAGAAGUUAAAGAAGAAGUCAAGGAAGAACUACAACAGGAAGAGCCUGAGUGUGUUGAGGUCGAGAAAGAGAGUCAGGCCGUGAAAACUGAGCCUCAAGAGAACUCAAAAGUGAGUUCAGGAGAGGAAGAAACUAAGAAAGAGAAGGAUGCUAAGAAGGAGAAAGAUCGAUCGCCGGAGAAGAAGUCUCGGGAUAAGGACAAAGAAAAGAGUCACCGGCGCUCCCACUCCCCCAGCCCGCGACGCAGCGGCCGUCGUCGCUCCAAGUCGCGUUCUCCCGCGCGCCGCAAGAAGCAUCGCUCGCGCUCACGGGACCGCAAGCGUUCGCGCUCGCCCACUUCGCGCUCCAGCAAGCGCAGGACUCCUUCACCCUCGCACAGGCGCGAUCGCCGCAGCCACAGCCGUGACAAGAAGGACAGCAGCGGUCGAGAUCGACGAGACCGCGACAAGAAGGAGCCCGCCGAGUCCGGCAAAGACCGCGACAGGAAGGAGUCCGAGCUCAACAAGGAAGGUGAACGCAAGGAUUCUGAGAGCAGCAGAAGCCGGGACAAGAAAGACUCUGAGCCUUCUAGAGAUCACGACAAAAAAGAGUCCGAGUCCAGACGUGAUCGUGACAAGAAAGAUCCGGAGUCUGGCAGAGACCGGGACCGAAAAGAGCGCGAGUCCAGCAGAGACCGGGACCGAAAAGAGGUCGAGUCUGGAAGAGAUCGGGACCGAAAAGAGCGCGAGUCCAGCAGAGACCGGGACCGAAAAGAGCGCGAGUCCAGCAGAGACCGGGACCGAAAAGAGCGCGAGUCCAGUAGAGAUCGAGACCGGAAGGAGAAAGACCGCCAUAGAGACCGCGAUAAGGAAAAGGAUCGUAGCGAUAGAGAAAGAGAUCGUGGUGAUAAGGAUAGAGAUCGUGGCGAUAGAGAUAGAGAUCGUGGUGGUGAAAAGGAAAGAGAUCGUGGCAAUAAGGAAAGAGACCGUGAUAAAGAAAGAGAUCGCAAGGACAAGAAAAGAGAACGCAGAGAUAGAGACGAAAAGCGCGACCGAGAGAAGAAAGAAGAGAAAGAAAAGGACGAGAAAAAAGAAUCCAUGGUGGCGCGUAACUACGACGAAGAGGAACAGGGCUACGAGAAACAGGACGGCAAGAAGGAAAGCCGUGCCAGCCCUGUGGUUGACAUGGACAUCUCGCCCUGAUUUUUGCUCUAACUAAGUCAUCAAAAAUGCACGAUUUUUGCUCUAGAAAAUACAAGAUGAACGCAAAAUUGUUGAUUUUCGACAGACACGAUGAAUGUAACGGACGUAACUUGUUAUAAGAUCAAACAAAAAUGUUCGCCGCCACUGGCAAUGGUAAAAUGCCUGAAAUCUUAAGUUCAGAUUCCAUUUCAUUUAUCGCCACAGCGUUGCACUGUGCAUUAAUUUUAAUUAUUUAAUUCAGGUUCUCUCUCAAAUAUGCCUCUUUAUAGAAUUACUAGUAUGACACUAAAUUGAAUUGAGGAUAGACUAUUUUACCACAAGACGGAACGUUGUUGGCUCAGAUCUGAAGCCUGGAUUCCGCACUACGGGCAAUGCUCACAAAGGCAAGUGUCGAUAAAUUGCCUUGACGUCACUCGUAACUAAUUUAUAUGAUUUAAACUAUCGUACUAGCAAUCCUCUUCUGCUGCUCUUGAGCCUUACACCUGAGUAAUUUCAAUGUCAGAUAUUCGGUUGAUGUCCGGAGCCCUUGUGCGAGUGGCCUGAAUUGUAACGUCCACCAAAUUCUCAAGGCUUAAUUCAAGUGUAAGAGCGGAUGUUAGCUCUGCAUAUAGUUAGGAUUGUAGCAUCAGUGACAUUUUAAUUUUGAUGAAAAUUAUUGUAGCAUUGGUGGAAAAUACACGUAUUCAGUGUCAAAUCGGAUAACCUUGCUUCUUCUGCAUCUUCAUAAUUAUUCUUGAUCAUCUAAGGAAAUGCAAAUUCUGUGUUUGAUUUCUUUAAUUUACCGUUUUAACCAUGUAUGUUUUGACACUUCUUCGUCGAUGCUGGAAUAUUGCCUAACGUAUCACCCCUCAAAUACGUUUGAUUAUUGUAACUACGUUUCUAUCAUUGCCUGUACCUUCAUUCAUCCAAAAAACAGUCAAAUUAUGUCCGUGACUGCCGCUAAUCUGCUGGUAAUCUCCGUUAAUCUAAGCGCGUACUCACUCCAGCCAUUGUCUGAUGCCUGACGGCUACACUUGAGACCGAUUUACUUGAACAUGUUCCUAUCUGCCACCAACUAAAUGUUGAGCCAAAAUCUCUCUGGGGCUGGAAAUCGCUUGUGAGACUCGAUUAUGCUCCUAUGCUUCUAAUGUAAGGAGUAUUUCUAAUUCUAAAUUGUAGAAGAGAUGAGAACAA